AUGUGCAUUGGAUCAAAUGACAGUCCCUGUCAAAGUGGAGUAUUUUUCUUGAUAAUUCACUUUGAUUAUCCUUUCAAACCACCAGUUGCAUUUACGAGAGUCUGUAACCUAAAUAUUAACAGUAACAGCAUUUCUCUUGAAAUGGUUACAGUUGUCUCCAGCACUAUUUCAGAAGUACUUUUGUCCAUCUGUUCUCUGUUGUGCAAUCCCAAUCUAGAUGAUCCUUUAGUGCCUGAGAUUGCAAGAAUUUCAAACAGAGAAAAGUACAGCGGAAUAGCUUUGGAGUGGACUCAGAAGUAUGCAAGCUAA